AUGAGGGUCUUCUCAUACUCCCUCCCGCUCAUUGCAAGCGCAAUAUCCCUUUUUGUCUGGGACGUUCAAGCUCGAUCGCAAUCGCCCAAUGCUAUUCAACACGUCUCAACACUAGACCACCCGACGAUCAGAACACCCUCAAAUCGUGUUGACCAUCUGUCGCAUUUUGACAUCACAUUUAACCUUCGUGACAAAAACCAGCGCGUUAAGCUCGAACUCGAACCUAAUCAUGACAUCCUGGCGGAUGAUGCAUACGUACAAUACCUCGACGCUGAUGGGAAUGUUCGGCGAGCGGAGCCCAUUUCACGACAUGACCACAAAGUAUUCAAGGGAAGGAGUCUAAUCGGACGAGGACAGGGCAUGUGGGAUCCCGUCGGAUCCGCUCGGGUUUAUAUCAAGCAUGACGGUGAACAGCCCUUGUUCGAAGGAGUAUUCAGUGUGCAUGGGGACAACCACCACGUUGAACUGAAGUCGACCUACCUGCAGAAGAAACGCGAUCAGGAUGCCGAUAUUGUCGAUACCAAAGGCGACUAUAUGGUCGUCUAUCGCGACUCGGACAUGUAUCGUGUUCACUCGGAGCUGAAGCGGUCGGUAUUGGGAUCAACAUCAUGCCAAGCCGAUCAAUUGGACUUUAACAUGAACCCUGAUCACCCUGUUCUCUCCUCAUACCAGUCGGAUACAACUCGCUGGGGGGCAAUGUCGGUGAACUCUUUAUUUGGACUGAGCAAGCGGCAAUCGGAUACCGGAAGUGUUUCCGGUAACUCAGGGACCGUGAAUCUGGCGUCGACAAUCGGCGAUACCUCGGGUUGUCCCAAUACGAAGCAAGUAGCAUUGAUUGGUGUAGCUACGGACUGUUCAUUCACAGGCUCUUUCAAGAAUGACACUGCGGCCAAACAGUGGGUCAUCAGUACCGUCAACAGCGCUUCUAGUGUCUACGAAAAGGCCUUUAACAUCUCAAUCGGCCUGCGGAAUCUGACCAUUUCCGAGAGUUCGUGCCCCGAGAAGCCGCCCGCAGCGACUGCAUGGAACAUGCCCUGUUCGAGCGGCAACCUCACCGCCCGUUUGAACAAAUUUUCGGAGUGGCGCGGCGAGCACAGUGACUCCAACGCAUACUGGACACUGUUUAGCGACUGUCCGACCGGCAGCGAAGUGGGUGUCUCCUGGCUGGGCCAGCUGUGCAAUGCGGACGUGACAACCAGCGGCGAAAACAAAGUCAGUGGUGCUAAUGUGGUCGUUCGCUCCUCUGGCGGUGGUUGGCAGAUUUUCGCCCACGAAUCCGGCCAUACCUUUGGUGCGGUGCAUGACUGCGAUCCUGAUACCUGCCAGCAGAAUCUCGAGUCCUCCUCAAAAUGCUGCCCCUUGACCGCUUCUACAUGUGAUGCGAGCGGCAAGUAUAUCAUGAACCCAACGACGGGGACUGAUAUUACCUCGUUCUCACAGUGCACGGUUGGGAAUAUCUGCUCGGCCAUCGGUCGUAACAGCGUCAAGUCGAGCUGUCUCUCGGCCAACCGCGGCGUCACCACCUAUACAGGCAGCCAGUGCGGCAACGGCAUCGUCGAGGAAGGCGAGGACUGUGACUGUGGUGGUGAGGCCGGCUGCGGCGAUAACAAGUGCUGCAAUCCUAAGACUUGCAAAUAUACGUCCGGAUCUGUAUGUGAUGAUUCGAACGACAGCUGCUGCUCGUCAUGCCACUAUGCCUCCGCCGGAACGGUCUGCCGGGCCAGCCGGAGCGAAUGUGAUGUUGCCGAGACAUGCAGCGGCAACUCCAGCUCGUGUCCAACCGACUCGUACAAAGAUGAUGGCACAAAUUGUGGUAGUGACGGAUCCGGCCUGAAGUGUGCCAGUGGCCAAUGCACCAGCCGCGAUUAUCAAUGUCGCAGCGUCAUGGGCAGUGCCUUGCAUGAGAACAAUACGUACGCUUGCUCGGCAUAUAGCUCCUCGUGUGAGUUGAUUUGCAGCUCCUCUUUGCUGGGUCAAUGCUUGGGCUUCAACCAAAAUUUCCUAGACGGUACCCCAUGUGGCAGUGGCGGCUAUUGCAGCAACGGCGACUGCAAGGGACAAAACGUGAAAUCUUGGAUCAACGACCACAAAGCUAUAGUGAUCGGUGUCGCCUGUGCGGUGGGAGGUUUGUUGCUUCUCGCCCUGGUUUCGUGCCUGCUCCGCCGCUGUCGUCGGCCGCGCCCGAUGGCUCGACCUGCACCUCGACCCCCCUAUGGGCCCUGGAAUGGCCCCAUGCCUCCGCCGCCGAUGAACCAGUGGCCCAACAAUGUUCCGGCUCAAGGAUAUCAGGGCUUGUCCGAGCCUCCACCUCCGUAUGCGGCCAGAGGACCGCAAUUCCCGCAAUAUCCGCCUCAAGGGCGUUAUGCAUGA